AUGUUUCGGUCUGUACCUACAAUGAUCAAGGAAGCCGCUCAGCGGCUACCUUCGAUUGAUGAAAAUGCCUUCGGCGCUAUGUUUGAUUCCUUUGGACAAUCCCGCGUUGUCCUGAUUGGCGACGGAAGCCACGGCACCUCCGAGUUCUACCGCGCGAGAGCUGCCAUAACACAACGCCUGAUCACCCACCAUGGCUUCAACAUCGUCGCCAUCGAAGCCGACUGGCCAGACGCCAAAGUAGUGGACCGCUACGUACGGCACACACCUUCCAAGUCCACCAACCAGUCGCCCAGAGACAUGGGCGUCUUCGACCACUUCCCGCGCUGGAUGUGGCGCAACACCGAAGUGCAGUCAUUCGUGCACUGGCUCCGGCGGCACAACGCUGCGCUUCCGGCCGAGCAGCGCACCCAGAUCGCCGGUCUGGAUCUGUACUCGAUGGGCACGUCGAUCCGGCAUGUACAGGACUAUCUCAGCCACCACGACCCGGACCUAGCCGCGCUCGCCAAGAUGCGGUACUCGUGUCUGGAGCCGUGGGUGGACGACCCGGUCGUUUAUGGAAGGACUUUCGCUAAGGGCGUGGCGCCGUGCGAGAAGGGCGUCGUCAACAUGCUGCGUGACCUGUUGGAGCGGCGGCUCGACAUUGAUGGGCAGGAUGACGGCGAUGGCUUCUUCGAUGCGGAGAUGAAUGCGCGCCUGGUGCGUGAUGCCGAGAAGUACUACCGGGCCAUGUUCUACGGUAGUGACGCCAGCUGGAAUCUGCGCGAUUCGCACUUCUUCAAUACUCUGAACCGUCUGCUGCAAAAUCGUAAGAGUAGAAAUGGGGGUUCUCCAGCCAAGGCCGUUGUGUGGGCGCACAACUCACAUGUCGGCGAUGCGCGCUUCACGGACAUGGGUGAGAGCAGGAAAGAGCUCAACAUGGGCCAACUGUGCAAGGAGCAGUGGGGUGCCAGCUGCACCAUCAUCGGCUGCGGGACGCACACAGGCACCGUUGCUGCCGCGCACGAGUGGGAUGAUCCUAUGGAGGUCAUGAACGUCAAACCUUCACGCGCGGAUAGCUACGAGCGGCUGAUGCAUGACACUGGGAUGCCUUCAUUCAUGUUGGAUCUGCGCAAGGGUGUGCUGAACGACGGACUGAGGAAGGAACUGAUGAAGAAACGCUUGGAGAGAUUCAUUGGCGUGAUUUACCGUCCAUACACUGAGCGCUGGAGCCACUACUCCACCGCUGUCUUACCCCGUCAGCUAGAUUGCUUUGUCUGGUUUGACGAGACGGAGGCGGUGCACGCGUUUGAGACGGCACAGCCUGACGAACAACCAUCCGCAGGGGAGACGUAUCCAUUUGGCUUUUGA